CUCUGUGUGUUACUGCCUCUGUCUCAGGAUCUAUGCAGCUUCAGCGAUAGCGAGCACGGACUGCGUGUACCUUUCACGGCCAUAGAGAGGCACAUUCACACACCACACUGGAUCUCUCUUUUCUUCUUCUUCUCUACAUGCGACUCCAAUCGGAAUAAAUAAUUAAGGAAUGUGGAAAUUACAGAAUGCCCAACAGCGUUGGAAAGAGAUUUAAACCCACCAAAUACAUCCCAGUGUCCACUGCUGCCACACUCCUGGUGGGAUCGACCACUUUAUUUUUCGUUUUCACGUGCCCCUGGUUGACUAAAGUCAUCUCGCCCGCUGUGCCUCUCUACAAUGGACUGGUCUUCCUCUUCGUCUUGGCCAACUUCAGUAUGGCAACCUUCAUGGACCCCGGCGUUUACCCCAGAGCGGACGAGGACGAGGAUAAGGAGGAUGAUUUCCGGGCACCGCUCUACAAGAACGUGGAGAUCAAGGGCAUUCAGGUCCGGAUGAAGUGGUGCGCCACCUGUCACUUCUACAGGCCGCCUCGCUGCUCGCACUGCAGCGUCUGCGACAACUGUGUGGAGGACUUUGACCAUCACUGUCCCUGGGUGAACAACUGCAUUGGACGGAGAAACUACCGCUACUUCUUCCUCUUCCUGCUGUCGCUGAGUGCUCACAUGGUGGGAGUGUUCUGUUUUGGCCUCAUCUUUGUCCUUGAUCACAGAGAAACGCUGGGAGCGCUGCACACCACUGUCACUUUGGUAGUGAUGUGCAUAGCGGGUCUUUUCUUUAUUCCAGUCAUGGGACUCACAGGUUUUCACAUGGUGCUCGUAGCUCGAGGACGAACAACCAACGAACAGGUGACGGGCAAGUUUCGUGGAGGAGUAAAUCCUUUCACCAAGGGUUGCUGUGGCAACGUGGAGUAUGUUUUAUGUAGUCCCCUAGCACCCAGGUACAUGCUGGACCCCAGGAAGAAGCCACACGUCAAAGUUCAGCCCCCGUUCAUCAGACCAGAUCUCUCAGACAGGCAAAUCACCAUCAAAGUCAGCGACAACGGCAUUCAUAGCACCAUCAUCAGCUCCAAGUCCAAAAGCAGCCUCGAUGGUUUAGAUGACAAGGAAACCCAGCCGCCGCUGCCACCCAAAGCUGAUAGGUACAACCAGCUUAAAAGCCAGAUGACCUCCAGUGAAGAGACUUCCCUGUCUGGUAAGACCCACCCAUCCACUCCAGCCAUGUACAAAUUCAGGCCAUCCUUUGGCACCAUGCCCAAAGUCCACUACCACACUACAGAGGAGAAGAUUGUCAUAUCUGAUGACCGGCAGCCCUCAGCCAUCCUGGAAGAAGGCGUCCGUGGUCAUGACUAUCGAUCUGAGCCCAACCUGGACCUGCCUGAAUAUGCUAAUGCUCCCCUCCACCGCACGUUUCAGUCCUCGCCCCUCCAGCUGGAUUCAGACCCCAUCAACUCCCGCUCUCUCAGCCUCAAGCAGGGUCACGGCCGGCCAGAGAAGGGCCAGCUCCCAGCGCUGGAGCCACGGACAGUCACUUCAACCCCCUACAAGAGUGUCUUCUCUCCCAAUAAUCUCUCCAACCGCAAUGGUAGUCUCUCCUAUGACAGCCUGCUCAACCCCAGCAUUUCCCCAGCUACUGCCAGUGAGUCCAUGGCCCACCGUGGGGUUCCCUCUGUGGGGUUCCACUCACCCUACCUGCCCACCAAAAUGUGCCACAUCCGGGAACCUGAUAUGCAGAGACAACAGGUCCCCCCUACCUACAGCCCAGUGAUGCCCCCAAGAGUGGUGGGCAGACAGUCCCCUCACCUGAGGGACAGAGACCCAUCUCCGGUGCGCUACGACAACCUCUCCCAGACCAUCAUGGCAUCCAUCCAGGAGCGAAAGGAGAAGGAGGAGAGGGAGAAGCGGCAGAUGCAUCACGGGCGCUCCCAGACCCACAUCUAUGCCCAGGACUCUGGUGUGUUUGAUGGGGGCUAUGGCCUGCCUGCCAAUGCUUGCUACCCGGAUGGGCCUCGUGGCCCCGGGUCAAGAGGCCCGACACCUCCAGCCUAUGGAGGCUCCAGGGACAACCUAAUGGGGAUUGGACUGAUGAGCUAUGGUCAAAGAACCCCAGUGCUGCGUCACGCUGGCUCUACACUGGGCCGUGCACCUAGGACGUCGUCCACCUCCCUGCACACAGAUCAAAGCAGCAUCAACAGCAGCCAGAGCAGAACCACGGGCCCAGAAGGCCCCUAUCGCUCCCCGGCCCACCAGCCCCAUUCCCCCGCUAUGCCCCGCUCCCCUUCUUACUCCCGCCAGAAACUCUCCUACAUCAGUGCACACGAGAGGACAGACUCCCCUCGUCUAGGGGGCCCAAGAGAGGCCAUGAAAGUUAACGGGCAGAUGGACUGCCACCCGAGUGCCCAGGGUGCCGCCCUCAGUCCCAGUCGCCACAGUAACGUCAAAAAGGUGACAGGCGUAGGAGGCACCACAUAUGAGAUAUCAGUGUGAGCAGGGACACCGCAUCCACCAAUGACCCACAGUGGACGCUCUGCCACAGAGAUUCUCCUGUUAUUUUAAUAAGAUAACAGGCAGGCAGGGGUGCCCCCCCCCCCUGUUUACUCUUCAAAAUCAGAGGAUCUCUUUGCUCUUUCGAGGGUCUUGUUUAGCUAUAUGCCCGUGUGUGUUUGUGCCAGAGGGGUGGGUUGUUAACGUUGCAGGCUGUACUGUGCGUGUGCAGAGUGUUUGUCCUUAAUAUUUUGUAGUCCAUCGUCGUGGACCGUCCAGCGAGAUCGUCAAUGUUUUUACCGUCGUCUCUCAUCUGUGUUUAUGAAGCGUUUGUCGUUCCAAAUGUUACACGCAAACUUUCGCUCCAGCGAACGCUGAGGACUGAACAGAAACACUACAGAUCGAUUAAACACUUGACUUGCUCCGGAUUUCUGCAAGAAGACUCUUUUCAGCUGACCUCAAAAAGUCAAGGUGCUUCACAUUAACUUGUACUGUUCAUGCCAUGUCUGGUGGAGAUGUGAUGGAGGUUUAGGUGGAGACGAUAUGUGCAAGGGCAGUAAAAAAAAAAAAAAAGCAACACAAGUCAGAUGGGAAACUGGAGAUGGUGACAAGGAAAGAGCUCUGCAGAACAGGAGCGGGUGUUCCUCAACCCUGACAUGGCUAUUUGAUUGGGCAAAGACUGUAUAUAAAAGAUGUUCUUUACAAUGACAUCACCCAUUUGUUUGGAGAUUCCUGUUUCGAAGGACUAACUUUAGGAUUUAGAUGAGUUUUUUCUUUUUUAAACACAUUUGAAACGGAGGGCACAGCUGAUCAGUUAACAUUAGUUAGCAUCUUCGAUCAGCGGAUUGCAUCUGUUUUAUACUGUGACAUCAACUGGAUGCUAAUUUUAGCCUGUGAAAAUCAGGCUUAAAACAAACUGCACUUCCUGCAAAAAUCAACUCAUUAGUUGUCCGACUAGCACUGGUUUAGUAUGCUAGAGAAAGUGAAGGGUGGAACAGAGGGCACUGCACAUCCCAGUGUAUCCCCUGCCUGACCGUCUCCUUUUGUUAUAAAUGGGACCAUGUUUUACUAAAUUAACACCAUGGAGUAUUUAAAAAAAAAAAAAAAAAACGACAUAAAAACAACUUGUUCCUAGCUACUGAUACCAUGAUCUCAUUUGGAAAAUUCAUUAGAAAUCAAGUGAGAUUAAGGAUUACUUUUUCUUUUAGAAUUCCAUAAGACUUGUUUUGUGUAACCAGAAGUGUUGCCCCCUGCUGGCUAUUACAACAAAUGCAGGUUUAAGGCACUAACGUAAAGCAGUGGUAAGGGGUUGAGGAACACCCACUGUUCUACAGAGUACCUAACUUUUACUUUAGUUUUGGGUGGUUGCAUUCCAAAUUUAAUGAAAAAGUCGCUUUUAAUGAACACACUUUAUUUUUCUAAAGAAUUUUCUCAAGAACUCAUGCAUCCAGAGAUGCAGGUUGACAUUAAAUUGAAUAUUAUAAAUGUCUCCACUUCCUGUCUGUGGAGCGUGGAUUUUUAGGGUUGCGAACUAACACAGUCCCGCCCCUUUACCCCCUAAUGAGGAUUGAGUAUCCAAUCAUGGCUCUUUUUGUUUUUUCAGUUUGUGAUUUCAGCAUCAGCCACAUCAAAAGAGCUGGGGUGAUUAUAUUGUGCUCUGAAAGACCAGAAUACCUCAUCCCGGUGUUUUUCACUGAGUACAGAAUGAGUCCACCCUGGAAGCAACCAAAUGAAACUCAAAAAAGGAAAAAUAUUUAGUCAAUAAGCUGUUUUUGCUAUAAGUAUACAUAUAGGAAGAUCAAAUGAAACAAAUCAGUAUCAGUUAAAAAAACAAACAUUGGUCACACUUUUUAUUUUGUACUUUUCCUUUUUUUUUUAAAAAGUAUCCUUUUAUAUGGAAUUGCUGUUUUGAGUGGAGUUUGUUCUUAAAUUAUAAUUUCAAUAAAUGGAUGAGAUUGUGAAAAAUGGGUAAACAAAGUAAAUAGAAGUUGUUCUAUAUGGCAGUGUUAAAAACAGAAGUUAUGACAUAAUCCACAAUGAUAUGAACUGUCUAAAUGAUGAAGUUGAGGACUGGGCUUUGCAUAAAAGCAGCCUCGAUCUUUAAGUGCCAAAAGCGGCUACACUACAUCUUCAAAGAGACAACAAAUCGGUCAUGUAAUGCUAUGUCACAAAGAGAAAAUGCCAAAUUCAUUCGUUGCAGUAGCUGUCUGGUACAGCUCUGGCACUGCCGUUACUUUUUUGUUAAUCAAAAAAAGUAAUACCUUUAAAAUAGCUGAUGAAAACUAAGUGGACAAUGACACAACAUGCCAGAUGUUACUAGAAUGUAAAUGUUGCAUUUGGUUGCAUUAACAAUAAGCCAUUGUUGCCUUUUGGGAAGAAACUUUGUUUCCAUACAAAGCAAACUAUGGCUGACUCACUCGACAGUGAAAUAGAAGUUUGUACUGAGCAGCAGGUGACACCUGUGACGAUCUCUGACUGGGUACGCUUUCUUGAACCUUCUGUGGCAAGAGUUGUCUCCCAUUUAAGGUCUCACCCAGCUGCCUUACCAAUGAAGACGUUACUGCAAAGCACGGUCAUGCUCGUCUGUUCCAACUCCUGUAUUUGAGAGAUGAUUAAAAUAGUUUGUUGUGAGGCUGUGGUAUACAGGGCUAGUUUUUUGGAAAUUCGGACGGAUAGGAAUGUCAGCGGAAUGGCAAAGUGGAACAUCUUGAAAUCCCAGAACAGACCAAUGGCUGCUGAGUUUGCUGAAAAAGCCGAUCUAUCGUGACUCCCAGACCCUGUUUGACCACAUAUCUAAAGAGCUAAUCGAUGUCAUUCCUCUUUAAGAUGACUGCCGUUAGUCCAAUGUUGUUUUUCUGGGAUGGACAUCACUGCAGGUCAGGGGCCAUUCCUGACAGUCAGCAAUGACUCUGUUGCGUCAGCCACAAGCUGACUUUUGUUUUCUGAAACUCAUAUAGAAAGUUCAAUGUGUAUUAAAAAUGAAGAAUAUACUGUAACUGUACAUGCGUUCCUAUUUUUGUGAAGAGGAAAUAUUUCCCAAUGACCUGAGCAGAGUAAAUAAAGUUUCCGACUCUUUG